GGGCCGUUGCGGCGCUGGCGCGGGAAGGCCGUCCGGGGUGCGGUGCGGGAGGCCCGAGGCAGGCGGGCGGGGUGCCGAGAGCGCCCGCGGCGGCGGCGGCGUCGGCGUCGAGUUGAAGGACUGAGCGCGUCGCCUCGGCUGUGGGGGGCGGGCCGGGCCUGUCGGGGGGUCCCGAGGCUCCGCGUGGGCGAACGGGGGCGCGGAGACUGAGCCCGGACCGCGGACGGCCGAGGCGCCGACCUCUGUGGGAAGGGCCGGCGGGACGGAGCGCGCCCUCCAGGGCGAGGGGACCUGAGCGCGGCGAAGAUGCUCGAGGUCCAGGUGCUGAAGAUUGAAGAUCCGGGUUGCUUCUGGGUUAUUAUAAAAGGAUGUAGUCACCUUUUAGAUCAUGACGUCGACUAUCAGAAACUAAAUAGUGCCAUGAAUGAUUUCUACAAUAGCAUGUGCCAAGACAUAGAAGUGAGACCAUUAAUGCUGGGAGAAGGGCAGGUUUGUGUGGUUUACUGCCAGGAGCUGAAGUGCUGGUGCCGGGCCAUUAUUAAAUCUAUCAUGUCCUCAGCAGACCAUUACCUGGCAGAAUGUUUCCUUGUGGAUUUUGCUAAGUAUAUUCCAGUAAAAUGUAAGAACAUCAGAGUUGCCGUAGAGUCUUUUAUGAAGCUUCCCUACAGAGCAAAGAAGUUCAGCCUGUACUGCACAAAACCUGUCACUCUGCACAUUGACUUCUGCGAAGACAGUGCUGAGAUGGUACCUGCCAAGAAGUGGGACAGUGCAGCCAUCCAGUACUUUCAGAAUAUUCUAAAAGCAACUACCCUGGUGGAAGCCAAAUUGUGUGCUGUGGAAGAAGAUACUUUUGAAGUUUACCUUUAUGUAACUAUAAAAAACGAAAAAGUUUGUGUUAAUGACGAUCUUGUUGCAAAGAACUUCGCUUGUUAUAUAUCACCCACAGAGAACAAAAGCCUGAAUUACUUAGAGAAGCCAAGAUUGAAUAUAAAGUCAGCAUUCUUUUCUGAUAAACUCAACCCAGCACUUACUCUUUGGCCUAUGUUUUUGCAAGGAAAAGAUGUUCAAGGAAUAGAAAAUAGAGAUUCACCAAAAGAUAUAUCUGAAAAGAAACAGCAUUGCAGCUCUUUAAAAGAUGUAAAUAAGUGUGUUGAAUCUUCUGUGUACUGGCCAACAAAAAGAGGCAUAACCAUAUAUGCUGAUCCAGAUGUCCCAGCAGCAGGUUCUUUAGGUCAGAAGGCAAAUGAGAAGCCACUUAGAUUGGUGGAGAAGAAAGAAUAUGAUGAGAAGAAUGGCUGCGUGAAAUUACUGCAAUUUUUAAAUCCUGAUCCUUUGAGAGCUGAUGGGAACUCUGAUCUGCAACAGUUACAGAAGCUGAGGUCAGGCGUGCAGCUGCCGGCUGUGGUGCUCCGAAACAAGAUUGAGCCUUGCCUGAGUGUUGAGCUGUCACCACUCUCAGCAGACGUGAAAAAGGCUCUUCAAAGAAACAAAUUCCCGGGACCUAACCACACGGAGUCUUACUCCUGGCCCCCCAUAGCGCGGGGCUGUGACGCGGUUGUGAUCUCUCACUGUGGAAACGAUCCUUUGUUGUACCUUCCGCCCAUGCUCACGAUCCUGCAGACGGGGGGCUGCUACAAGUCCCUCCCAAGCCGAAGCGGACCUCUUGCAGUCAUCGUGUGCCCUGGAUGGAAAAAGGCUCAAUUCAUUUGUGAAUUACUGGGAGACUAUAAUGUGUCCUCCAGGCCUCUUCAUCCCAUGUUACUGACAAUCGGACUCCACAAGGAUGAAGCCAAAAACAUGAAGCUUCCAAGAGGGUGUGAUGUGAUUGUUACGACACCACAUAGCCUCCUGAGACUUCUCACCUAUCAAAGCUUGUUAUUUCUUAGACUGUGUCACCUGGUUUUGGACGAGGUGGAAGUAUUAUUCUUUGAAGCUAAGGAGCAAAUGUUUGCUAUAUUAGAUAACUUUAAAAAAAAUACUGAAGUUGAAGAGCGGGAAUCUGCACCACAUCAGAUUGUCGCAGUUGGCGUUCACUGGAGCACACAUAUUGAGCAUUUGAUCAAAGAGUUCAUGAAUGAUCCCUACAUCGUGAUCACAGCUAUGGAGGAGGCCGCUCUCUAUGGCAGGGUCCAGCAGGUCGUGCAUCUUUGCCUAGAAUGUGAAAAAACUUCUACUUUACUCCAGGUUCUUGAUUUUGUUCCAAGUCAAGCUCAAAAGACCUUGAUUUUUACCUGCUCUGUAGCUGAAACAGACAUAGUGUCUAAGGUAAUAGAAAGCAGUUCAAUAUUUUGCCUGAAAAUGCAUAAAGAAAUGGUUUUUAGCUUAAAAAGUGUUCUAGAACAGUGGAAAAAGAAGUUAAGUCCUGGCUCUCAUAUCGUAUUAGCUUUAACCGACGAUUGUGUGCCACUCCUGGCCAUCACCGAUGCCACACGUGUGAUUCACUUCAGCUUCCCUUCCUCACCAAAAAUUUUUGGUGGCCGCCUGUAUUGCAUGUCCGAUCAUUUUCAGAGUUUACCUGAACAGGGUUCUCCUGCAGAACAGGGAGAUAGAAAAACCAAAUCUGUCUUGCUGCUGACGGAGAGAAACGCGGGCCACGCAGUUGGUGUCCUACGCUACUUGGAGCGAGCAGAUGCCAAAGUCCCGACUGAGCUGUAUGAGUUUACGGCAGGGGUUCUGGAAGCCAAGGAAGAUAAAAAAGCCAGAAGGCCUCUUUGUCCAUAUCUCAAGGCCUUUGGAUUUUGCAAAGACAAUAGAAUCUGUCCUGACCGACACCAUAUUAAUCCAGAGAUGGACAUGCCGAGGAGAUUAUCCACCCAAACUCUACCUGCGUCUGGAUACAUUAAAAUAAUACCUUUUUAUAUUUUGAAUGCAACAAAUUACUUUGGUCGUAUAAUUGAUAAACCUGUGGAUCUUUAUGCAACGCUUAACGCUGAAAUGAAUGAGUAUUUUAAGGAUUCCAGUGAAACAACUGUUGAGAAGGUGGAGAAAUUUGGAUUGUAUGGAUUAGCAGAAAAAACACUUUUUCACAGGGUGCAGGUGCUAGAGGUGAGCCAGAAGGAAGACGCAUGGGCCCUGGAUAACGUCCUCGUGAAGUUCAUAGAUGAAGGCAGGACUGGGCUCAUCUCGAGGGACCAGCUGCUGCCCCUUCCAGAGAGUUUCUGUGCCCUGCCCCCCCAGGCUGUGGAGUUCAUCGUCUGCAGGGUGAAGCCUGCUGACAGUGAAAUGGAGUGGAACCCAAAGGUUACUAGAUAUAUUCAUCAUAAAAUCAUUGGAAAGCUGCAUGAUGCAAAGGUGAUACUGGCUUUGGGAAAUACAGUUUGGAUUGAUCCAAUGGUGCAUAUUACAAAUCUUUCAAAUUUGAAAACGUCUGUCAUUGAUUAUAAUGUUCGAGCUGAAAUCUUGUCAAUGGGAAUGGGCGUCGAUAAUUCAGAACAUACAGAACAAUUGAAAAAGCUCUACGAAGGUGCUAAAAUGCCAGCUUCUGAAGAAAGUCCAAGCCAGACUCCGGCAUCUCCUUCAGCAGAAAAUGCCGCGUGUCUGCAGAGCACACAGCAGGAGAACCAGGGUGCAGAAAGGGCGGCUGACCCCGAGACAAACUCAGAAAACCAAAAGCCCGAAACUUCAUCUGAAAACACUGGAGACACUUCCAUGAACAAAACCACCCAGCCGCAUCUGAAGAGCUUCCACCCACAGAUAAAAUGGUUCCAAAAGGAUGAUGCCAUCAUCUUAAAGAUAAGACUAAGGGAUGUGAAGGAUUACAAAUGUAAAUAUUUUACAGAUAGAGUCGUGUUCAGUGCCUGGGUGGGAGAGAAGUUCUACCUGGCCGACAUGGAGCUGCAAGGCCACAUAGUAAAGGACGAGUGCAAGUGUGUGGUGAGGAACGAGGAGCCUGUGAUCACCCUGGUGAAAGAGCGAGGAGAGGCCUGGGGCCGCCUGCUCAGACAGAAGAACCCUAACGUGACUUUUGAUUUUGAUCACUGGGAAGAGUGUGAAGAAGAGAGCCACUUCUCCAAGGUUGUAAAUUCUACAAACCUGUCCUACAAAGUGGCAGACAUGGUUGAAAAUGAUAGCACAACUUCAGAGGACGAUGACAGUGAGAGUGACUGAGGACGUGAGCUGAGCCCUGCAGAGCGGCCACAAGAUGUUGACCCAUAGUGGGUCUGAAAGUUAAAACACAGUCACAGCCAGACCUUUUUUCGCCUGUGGUGCUGGGAUUGGUGAUAGCCAGGAAUCCUUAGUUGUUUUAAAAAUAGGCUGAUGAGAAGACUGAAGGGAGGGAGCAGAGAAGGAGCCGGUGCCGGCAUCUCCACGCCCGUCCGCAUCAGGGUGGGAGAUGCACCCUCCAGAGCCAGUGCUUUCAUUGUUUUGUUUUUGUCGUUUAGACCCAUGUUUGAUAUUUUGCUAAAACCUGGCCUUAGCAUAUAAAUUGAGGUUUCAACAUACAGAUUUACACUCAGCAAUUGUUUGACAAACUCUUUCAGCCAUGAGUGAGUUGGGAUUCGCCAUACCUAUCUGCAUGUACCAAUAACUUUUAGUAUUCUCAAGACUCAGAUAGCUACUGAGUUGACUUCUUAGGAAGAGACAGUCCAAGGAUAAAAAUGAGAUUGCCUCAGCGAUACCAGCGAGACCCAGGGCUUUCUGGAGGGGAAGCUGCUGGACUUUACAAUGUGUUAGAGUCCAGAGCCUGCACAGAUGAGCAGAGGCUGCUUUUUAGUUUCAGAGGGCCUGUGCAGUGCCAGGAGGUGACCCCUAAACACCCAGUAUUUGCAUGCUGACAACAUGACCCCGACUAGGUGAGGCUGUGGCCCCUGGAGCCACCACAUUCAUGCCAUGACCACUUAGACGCAGGGCACUGGGGACCAGCUUUUUAUGCUCUGGGUGUCUUAUCCAUUGGGAAAGCUACCAAGGUGAACUGCUGGAGAAUUUAAAAUGCUGUGCCCUUCCUCAGGGUCCGGCCUCAUGCUUCACCUGGAAGUGGAGAAGGACAUAGACCGUCACAGUGAGCAGAUGCUCUAGGUCCUUAUUUUUUACAUCAGAAAGCAAGGUGACCAACUUUAUGUGUGCCCCAGGUGUCAGCCACCGCUUGUCCUCCAGCCAUCCCACCAGCAGGUCUGGACCACACCCUGGCUCAGUUUCCUCAUCUGUAAAAUAAGACAUUCAGCUGCUGGCCAGGCAUGGCCUGGCCUCACCUCGCCUCUGGGAGUGCCUGAAGGUGCCUCUGGGUCCGGCUGUUCUCUCUGUACAGUAGCUCCAUGAGAGGGACUCAGACCACCGCCCUCCCUCGGGAAGAUGUGGCUUCCUUCCCUGUAGGACUGUAGGACUGUAGGUUGGCUGGCAGGUCUUCAGUUGGUCCAUGAAGUAAGACGGUGAUUGUCCUUUGUCUCAGCUAAAUUGGGCAGGCUCUUCAGGACUAGAAGGUUCUGGUGUCUUUGCUGUCAGAGAUUUUGACUCGGGGGUGGGGGCGGGGGCUCUUUGUAAUGUCCUCAUCAGUGUCACUCACUCUCACCACAAGGCUGGCUCUUCUCGGAGGCCUGCCAGUGACUCUGCCUCUGCAGAGCUACUGGCUCUCCUGGGUGUCCUCAGCCCGCCGGGGCGCUGGCUGCCUGCUGCCCCCUGUGCUUUGCUUGCACCUUGUUUGCAGAACACAGCAGAUAAAGUAGCAAGUGAUAGAGCUGCACAGAGGCGUGCUUCCCAGGACAGACGGAUGGACGGACAUGCUCCCAGGGAAAGACGGUGGGCAUCCUGCUCCCAAAGACAUUUGCCAGUUUUCUUGUGUAAUUCACAGGCAGCCAAAGGAAGGUGUUGAUGAGAAGGGCUGUAUGUUCAAAUCUCAAUUUCUUUUCUUCAGACAUUGAAUUUUUCUGAAGCUCUGAAUAAUAAUUUAUAGGAUAUAGAAUGCUGACUAUGUAAACAAUUAGUAAUUGGUUUUCUGUACUGCUAUUAAUACGUGUGAUUUCAAGUUUGGGGUAAAUUUCUGAAAUUCAAGGUAUAAAAGCACUUUCAUCUCUGCUUCUAAAAUUGCUCACACACUUAGUUGUGGUAUGAAUGUCUUUUGUGGUGUAUUAUCAAUAAAAUUUUAGUGGUUCCACUAAAAUGGUACUUUUUACAUUUUUUAAAAUUUCAGGUUAAUGUGAAGGUACAAACAACCAGGUCACGAUAUUUGAAUUUGUUAGGUAGAGUCCCUCCUGUAGUUGUGUCCCACACCCAGGAGGUGUGCCAGACACCCCCACACUGUGCCCUCUUUAAGGGAGAGCAGCCCAGUCCCCUCCUUCCCCCCAACUUGCAUUGACUUGAGUUUUUCUGUGUGUCAGAUCGUCUGCUGGCUUCAUAUUAGUCUUGAGGACACUGGAUGUUUGUUUUUCCAUUCUUAUGAUACUUUACUGAGAAGAAUAUGUUUUGACUCCAUCUAGGUUAACGUUUUGCUUCUUUUAACAAUAUUUUCCCAGUGCUAAAUGCAAAAUAAAAUUGUAUUUACUGUACUUGUACUAGGCUGCAUGCCAGUGUGGGCUUCUGAGAAGCCAGCCAUGCUGACCACUAACAGGGCCCUGGGAGCACGCACCGUGGCGGUUCCAGAAGGGCCAUCAGCUCUGCAGCAGAGCCCUUGGCGUUCAGCCUGGCACAGAUCUCCCACCCAUGUUUACCAUGGACUAAAUUUGGGGGUGGCAGGCUGGGCACAGUGGCUCACACCUAUAAUCCUAGCUCUCUUGGAGGCUGGGACAGGUAGAUCCCUUGAGCUCAGGAGUUUAAGACCAUCCUAAGCAAGAGUGAAACCCCAUCUGUACUAAAAAUAGAAAAAUUAGCUGGGUGUUGUGGCAGGUUCCUGUAUUCCCAGCUACUCAGGACGCUGAGGUAGGAGGAUUGCUUGAGCCUAGGAGUUUGAGGUUGCUGUGAGCUGUGACACCACGACACUGUACCCAGGGUGACAGAGUGAG